AUGCAAGGUGCAAGAGCAAAAUUGUUCACAGAAGCAAGUCCAGCUAAACUAUUAAGUGGAUUAAGAAGUUGUGCAGCGCUGAGUAAGAAGAUAGACUCUGAACUGGACCACCCAUUUACGGAAGCAGAGACCAGUGACCCGAAUGUGGAAGAUUUGAGAGGCUUAAUAGUUGGGAAGUGCAAAUAUGCAGAGCAACAAAGAGGGAAAGGUAACUACUUCUCAAAACAUUUGUCCUUCAUAAAUCCCUUAGUCCCAUGA